AUGGCCCCGGCCCGCUUAAAGGCGGCGGCGGCCGCGCCGCGGGCAGAGCGAGGCGUGCGCCGCGGCCGCCGCCGGCGCGGAGGCGGCGCGAAGAUGCCCCGGGGCUUCCUGGUGAAGCGCAGCCGGCGGCCCACCCCCGUCUCCUACCGGGCGCGCUGCUGCCGCGAGGCCGCCGCCGGCCCGCCGCUCCCCACCGGCGGCGCCGCGCCGCCGCCGCCGCCCGCGCCGCGGGACUCGCCGCCGCCGCCGGUGCCGUUCGGGACGCCCGAUGCCGCCGUGCAGGCGCUGUACAGCCCCACGCGGCCCGUCAGCAGGGACAAGUACCUGGAGCGCGGCUUCAGCCUGGGCUCGCCCGUCUCGGCCGAGUCCUUCCCCGCCCCGGCCGUGCCCGGCACCAUGGACCCGCUCCUCUUCGCCCCGGCCGAGCUCAAGCUCUGGGCCGCCGCCGGCCACGCCGAGCCGCCCGCCGGCCACGCCGCCAGCGCCGGCACCGGCCCGGGUCCCGGCGCAGCCCCCGCGCCGCCCGCCCCGGCCGCGCCGCCCGCCCCGGGCCGCCCGCCGCCCGCCAAGCGCCCGCCGGGCGCCGCCGAGCCCGGCCGGCAGAAGGCCCCGUCGGGCAAGAAGGCGAAGGCGAUCCGCAAGCUGACCUUCGAGGACGAGGUGACCACGUCGCCCGUGCUGGGGCUGCGCAUCAAGGAGGGCCCGGUGGAGGCGCCGGCCAAGGCGCGGGGCGGCUGCGCCCGCCCGCUGGGCGAGUUCAUCUGCCAGCUCUGCAAGGAGGAGUACGGGGACCCCUUCGCGCUGGCGCAGCACCGCUGCUCCCGCAUCGUCCGGGUGGAGUACCGCUGCCCCGAGUGCGACAAGGUCUUCUCCUGCCCCGCCAACCUCGCCUCCCACCGCCGCUGGCACAAGCCGCGCCCGCCCGCCGCCAAGGGCGGCCCCGAGGCGGGCCGGGCGCCGGCGGAGGAGCCGCCGAAGGAGGCGGGCGGCAGCGGCAGCGAGCGGGACACGCCGAGCCCCGGCGGCGCCUCGGAGGCGGGCUCCGAGGAGGGGCUCUUCGAGUGCCCCCGCUGUGCCAAGCGGUUCCGCCGGCAGGCCUACCUGCGCAAGCACCUGCUGGGCCACCCGGCGCCGGGACCCGGCCCGGCACCGGCCCCGGCCCCUGCCCCCGCCGCGGCCCCCGCCGCCCCCGAGCCCGUCCCCGAGGAGCCGCCCGCGCCGCCGCCCGCCGAGUGCCGCCUCUGCCCGGUCUGCGGGGAGACCUUCCCCAGCAAGAGCAGCCAGGAGCGGCACCUCCGCCUCCUGCACGCCGCCCAGGUCUUCCCCUGCAAGUACUGCCCGGCCACCUUCUACAGCUCGCCCGGCCUCACCCGGCACAUCAACAAGUGCCACCCCUCCGAGAACAGGCAGGUCAUCCUGCUCCAGGUGCCGCUGCGCCCCGCCUGCUAG